AUGGAUACGAUCUUGAAAACAGCGGGAAGUCUCCUUCCCUAUCAUAUCCUCUCUUAUGGUACCCUGUUAGGCACAGAGCUCUUCCAGAGCUUUGUCAACACAAAACUUUGCUACAAUCACCUUCCCAUGCGAGAAUUCCUCCUCCUCCAGAAACGUGUCUUCCCCGUUUACUUUGGCUGUCAGAUUGGUCUUGCCGCCCUAACCGCAGCGACCUACCCACCCUAUAGUGUUGUUUCACUGGUGAAGAAUGUGUGGAGCGCUGUUCCGCUUGGUGUGGUUAUUGUGAUGAGCUCGUUGAAUUACUUUGUUUUUGGACCGAAGACUACGACGACAGCGUUGGUUAGACGGGCGUUGCAAGGUAAGUCCUCCGAGAGCGAGAAUGACUCGGCGGACCCUGAUGAUGGAAAGGUUCAUCGCGCAAAUAAAAACUUCUCACGCAAUCAUGCCAUGUCUAUCCACCUGAAUGCCAUUGCGCUGGUAGCAACGGUCUGGUAUGGGUUCUCGCUGUCGUCAACUCUUCUAGAAGGACUAUAG